UUUCUGAAGGGCAGCAGUGGGGAGAGGGCAUAACCGUGGUGACAGUGGAUCUUGGAGGCGAUUAGGGUUCUAGUCCCUGUGUGGGAGUGAUGGAGCCGCUGUGCUCUCUACAGACUCUAUAAGAGAGAGAGGCAGGAGGAAACUCACAUACACCUGGAUCUGAAGACAGAGACACUGCCGGAGCCCCUGCAGAGACACUGACACACACAGCCAGGAUGCCAGCCUCCCUGCCUCUCCUCCUCCUCUUCUCUGCUCUCUCACUGUCUCACUCCUCCUCUCUGCGCCCAUGUGAGCCGGUGAACGAGACGAUCUCUGCGGAGAAUGAGGAAUGUCCAAAGUGCCUCCUCAUCCAGACAUCUAUCUGCAGCGGGUCCUGUCGCAAUAAGGACCCCGUAUUCAAAUCCACGCUCUCCUCGGCCCCGCAGCAUGUCUGCACCUAUAAGGAUCUUCGCUUCGUGACGGUGACUCUGCCUGACUGCCCCCCCCGUGUCGACCCCCACUUCACCUUCCCGGUGGCGCUGAGCUGCGAGUGCAGCCUGUGCAGAAUGGAGUCCUCGGACUGUACCAUUCAGAGUUUAGGGCCGUCCGACUGCAUGAGCGGGGAGCUCGUCAUACUGAGCUACUGACAACCCCCCCCC